AAAACUUUAGAAAUGGAUCAAGAUUUGAAGCUCCAUGGAUCAUGGGUAAGUCCAUAUUCAUUAAGAAUAAUAUGGGCUCUUAAAUUAAAGGGAUUAUCAUAUGAAUAUAUAGAAGAAGAUCUUGCAAAUAAAAGUGAUUUGCUUUUGAAAUAUAAUCCUAUUUUCAAGAAAAUUCCAAUUCUUGUUCAUGAGGGAAAACCAAUUUGUGAAUCUAUGAUCAUUCUUGAAUAUCUUGAUCAAAUAUGGCCAAAUCAAUAUCCAUUGCUACCAAUUUAUCCUUAUGAAAGAGCUUUGGCUAGAUUUUGGGUGAAUUAUUUUGAACAAAAGAGUGUAUCUCUUUGGAUGAUAUUUAGAUUAAAAAGGGAAGAACAAGAAAAGGCAGUGAAGGACAGCUUGGAAAUGUUGAAAAUUAUAGAAGAAAAUGCUUUUAAAAAUCAGAAAAAUAAUAUAUUUUUUAUUGGAGGAAAAAUUGGAAUAGUGGAUAUAGCUUUUGGAUGGAUUUGUCAUUGGCUGAAAAUUAUAGAAGAUGUUGGAGGUGUCAAAUUAAUUGAAGAAAAUUCAUUUCCUAAUUUGCAAAAUUGGAUGAAAAAAUUCAAAGAAGUACCUUUGAUAAAAGAAAGUCUACCUAAUCACCAAAAAAUGUUUUUGCCUUUUAAACUUAUAAGAGAUAUGUUGUUAGCAUCUUGAUUUUUGUUGAACAAAUUGUAUAAGAAUAAAUAUAGGAACUUGCUUAUAUUU